CUCCGCGCCUGCGCCUUGGGCAUUUGCCGGUGAGUUUGGGAGAGCAGUGGGCGCUGAGGCGCUGCAGGUGGCUCUCCUCAGGGUUAUUACAGAGAGAAACAAACUGGAAUCUGAGACUUCAGUCACCAGAUAAACUCUAAGCUUCUGGAAGGGGCUAUGGCGGUGGCCCUGGGCUGUGCAAUCCAGGCCUCCUUGAAUCAGGGCUCUGUGCUACAGGAGUAUGACACUGACUGUGAGGUCUUCCGCCAACGCUUCAGGCAGUUUCAGUACACUGAAGCAGCUGGGCCUCAUGAAGCCUUCAACAAACUGUGGGAGCUUUGCUGUCAGUGGUUGAAGCCAAAGAUGCGUUCUAAGGAACAAAUCCUGGAGCUGCUUGUACUGGAGCAAUUCCUCACUAUUCUGCCCACAGAAAUAGAGACCUGGGUGAGGGAACACUGCCCAGAGAAUAGAGAAAGAGUUGUAUCACUGAUAGAAGACUUACAGAGAGAACUUGAGAUACCAGAACAACAGGUUGACAUGCAUGACAUACUUUUGGAAGAAUUGGCACCAGUAGGAACGGUACCCAUGCCACCAGACAUGCAUCUGGAGUCACCUGCUCUCCAGGUAAUGGGUCCUGUUCCAGAGGCCCCAGUCACAGAGGCCUGGAUCCCACAGGCAGCACCACAGGAGCUGAACUACGGUGCUGCUGGAGCAUGCCAACCCUUUCUGGACCCUGGAUAUUCACUGCCAAAGCUUGAUGUGAACUUCCCACUGGAGCCUCGAGAAGAGCCAUGGGUAAAGGAAUUACAGGAUUCCAAAGAAAUGAAACAAUUACUUGAUUCCAAGAUAGGUUUUGAGAUGGGGUUAGAAAAUGAAGAAGAUGUUUCAAAACAGAAAAAAAUGGAGAACAUAUAUCCAUUUAUAGUAAAUUUAGAGGGGAAUUCUAUCCAUGAUCCUGUUAUGCCAAAAGACUAUGUACCAUUAGAAAAUCAGUGGGAGCCACCCCCGGAGGAUUUACAGACAGAUCUAACUAAACUUGUAGAUCAUCAGAACCCCACUUUAGGUGAGACACCCAAGAGCACCAACUUAGAAGAACCUCUCAACCCUAGGCCCCAAAAGAAAAAGAAUCCAGGAGAGAAACCUCACCGAUGUCCUCAGUGUGGAAAAUGUUUUGCUCGGAAGUCACAACUUACUGGGCAUCAGAGAAUUCAUUCAGGGGAAGAACCUCACAAAUGCCCUGAGUGUGGAAAAAGAUUCCUUCGUAGUUCAGACCUUUAUAGACACCAACGACUUCACACAGGAGAGAGACCCUAUGAAUGUACUGUGUGUAAAAAGCGAUUCACGCGGCGGUCACACCUUAUUGGGCACCAGAGAACUCAUUCUGAAGAAGAAACAUAUAAAUGCCUUGAAUGUGGGAAGAGUUUUUGUCAUGGAUCAAGUCUUAAAAGACAUCUGAAAACUCACACAGGUGAAAAACCUCAUAGAUGUCAUAAUUGUGGGAAAAGUUUUAGUAGACUGACCGCACUUACUUUGCACCAGAGAACACAUACUGAAGAGAGACCUUUUAAAUGUAAUUACUGUGGGAAAAGCUUUAGGCAGAGACCAAGCCUUGUUAUUCACUUAAGAAUCCAUACAGGGGAAAAGCCAUAUAAGUGUAGUCAUUGUUCUAAAAGCUUCAGACAGAGAGCAGGCCUUAUUAUGCACCAAGUCACUCAUUUUAGAGGACUUCUUUAAGGAUUGUUGAGGGAAACAGGUCCUACAGAAACUAACACUAACUCAAAAAAAUUGUAACCUGUAGUAGCCUGUCUGUUUGGAAGAACCUUUAUGUUUGAACUCAUGAGAACUGCUUUUUUAUUUGGGGGGAGCUGUUUUUUUGUCAGCAUUUUUAUUUUGUGAAUUCAAAACUGCAGAUAGUGUAAGAAUUCCAAGUGUUGAUAUAUUUCAGCCUUUCUUUACAAAAGUUAGGGGGGCUAUUUAAAAAGUCCAUCUUCAAAGGCAUAUGAGUUCUAGAAUAGCCACCUACAGUAGCAGCUUUCCUAACUUGAUUUAUCCUGUCUCCACAACUCUUUUUUAUUAAAAUGGAAGAUUUUAUGUUCCAAGGCAGCCAUGUCAUACAUAUAUGCAUAAAGCAUAAAAAUGAUGACAGACCUUUUAGGGGUAGCAUCAGCACAAUGGAUAACCAUGUCUGUUGAUGUAUCUGAUGUAGCAGUACCGUACAUAUUCUGCUGUAUAAUUAUUAAAGGUGAAUUCAAAACUUUAGGUGUGCCAAAGUGGCAAGAUGGGAGACAGUGACUUUUGUCAAACAAUAAAAUUAUAUCAGGAGCACAAGUAUGGAGGGGGUAUCAUUUGCCUGGUGAAAACUGGGUUAUUUCCAUUAAAAUGUUUAUGCUUAAGAAAAUUUAGAUUUAACCUUUACUUCUGAAUUUUGCAAAGUUUUUUGGUCUGCUUAGUUGCCAUUCUGUGGUGAUGGUGCCUAGUAGGGACUAUUCAUUUGAAAUUUAAGCUCUAGGCCUGGAAGAGUCCACUUGAAGCCAGAUGUGGUGAUCCACACCUAUAAUCCCAGCAUGCUGGGAGGCUGAAGCGGGAGGAUUGCAUAUUCGAGUCCAGCCUGAGAAAAUUAAUGACUUAGCAAGAACUUGUCUCAAAAUAAAAAGUCAAAAAGGGUUGGGGAAGGCCCUGCGUUUGAUCUCUAUUACCACAAAAAGUAAAGAAGUCACUUGACUGUUGAAGUUGUACAAGUAGGAUCUAAUUUAACUGAGAUUGACUGAUGAAUCUGUAUCCAUGGCUUUUUUCUCUCUUGGUAUUCACUCACAUGUCUUUCAGUGCUUUUGAAAAUUUACCCAUUCCUUAAUUCACUGUCUCUCCUAAGAAUGUGUCAUAGAACACUUAGUCCUGCAAGAUAUUCUGCAAGUAAGUUUCUGAAUUGCUUCCUGCUGUUUUCCCUUCCUGGAUUCAUAGUGCACAUCAGCAUGAGACUCUGGGAGAGGUUUUCUAGUAAAGAAGGAGAAAGCACCUCUUUGGCUCAAUGUUUUCCAAAAUUACUUGAACCCAAUGCACCUUUUUUCGUGUUCACUCAAUAAUAACUUACAGAACUAUUAUUCUGCAAAUGUCCCUUGGAAUACACUGCCUUAAACAAAUAUUUCUGUAACUGUCAAUAUUGUUCUGUUUCUCCCAAGCUAGUUAUCUCCAAUUGUUUUAAGGGUAUUAUAAAACAAUUCCUUAAAGAUAUACAUCUUUUGUAUAAUACACAUAUUAUUUCAAGGAGGUGAGGUUCAAUAAUUUAUAUCAUUUAUAAAUUGUUCAGUGAUUCUCUACCUCUUAAUUUUUCUUAUAAGUACACACGUGCACACACACACACAAAUACAGAUACAUACAUACCAUUUUAACAAGGUGAGGAUCACAAAUUCAGGCAAAUUAAAAGUUGCCAGUGAUUACCAUCCUUUUUGAAUUUUACUUAUAAUUACACACACACAGUUGUUGCUUAUAUAAACGUUCUCAUAUAAUCAUGGUAACAACUCAAAUUCCCACAUGAGGGAAGAAGUCUCAUUAUCAGUUAAAGCUGUUAGUAUGUGAAAAUAUUCAUCGAGCCUAGUUCCUUGUUAGAAGAUACAAGAAAUAGGACACUCAAGCAUUUUCCUUUUGUGAAGCUAUCCAGUCAUCCUUUCCUUAACUAGUCCUAGGGAAGUAUAUCUCUUCUAUUGCAUUGAAUUGCUUGCAACUGAAUCUAAGCAUCUGGGAGUAUCUACUGUGUGCCUAACUUGUCCUGUUCUAGGCUUAACAGAAGCUAGUAAAGAAGUACAAUUCAAGGGCCAGGCUCAUAAAAGAGUUUAUAAUAUCUCUAGUUAUAAACAAGAGUUGGGGAACACAUGGCGAACAAUGCAAGAGAGUUUGUAAUUAAGUGCCAAAUCAUGUCAAGUGCCAGAGCCAGGAUGUGUCUUUAAUUCUUGACAUCCAGGUCCCUGUAUGAUGCUGCUAUACAUUUAGGGUUAAAAUUGAGAUCCCGGUAGCAAUAAACAUGUAACAUGGGAGGAGUCUGAAUGUAGAGAUGAAACAUACUGAAUGUAAUGGCUUCUCUUUUCUCUCUUGUGGAAUCGCAUUCAAACCAGAAGAGUGCCUUAGAAUGGAUGUGCCCAACUGCUCUGUAUUUAUACAAUAUUUUAAUAAAAUGGAAAUGUAUAUGCUAUUCCUGCUUCUCUUGCAUUAAGUAAUUAUUUGAACAACUUAAGAGAUGCUUCCCAGAACAGUGGCAACAAGCAUCACAUUUGACUUCUGUCCCCAUUCCAAGUUGGAAUCACUUUUCUGGCUGCAACCAUACU